AUGGCCGUCACCAGGCUUUUCCUCGCGUGCAUUCUCCUCCUCGCAGCCACUUCCGCCUUGGCGCAGCGUGGUCCGCCUGGCGGAAGCCGUCCCGGCGGCCAGGGGCCCCGGGGGCCGCGCGGAGGCCCCGGAGGGUCCAGUGGGCCCGGCGGCGCAUCUGGCGGACCUGGCGGGCCUCCGGGGCCGCCUGGCGGGGAGCCGCGCGGUCCUCCGCUUAACCUGACGGCCGUCGGGAAUCUGACGGCCGACGUUGGUGCGCGAUUGGCCAACUGCUCCGCGGAUCAGGAAAUCUUCGACGGCCGCUUCCACCUCGCCAUUUUCAAAAACUCCACCGGCAACUACAAUCUCGUCGUAGACGCUCUCCUAGUCGGCGCCGCCAGCGGCCCUCCUGAUUCGCUCGCGAUCGUGAAGGGCGCCGUCUGCGACUCCUCCGCUUCCGCCGCCCUGGCGCUGCCUGUCUCCGCAUCCGACUGGCAGCAGCGCGCGGGAUGGUGGCUGCUGCACGCGGAAGCGCGCCUCGACGCGUUCCUCGAAAACGCGGACGCCGGCACCGUCGAGGCGCUCCUCGCCGUCGUUCCGAACGCGACACUUCCGCAAGGCGGCGGGCGCGGCGGCAGCGGAAGCGGCGCAGGGGCCGCGGGGAAAGGGCAGGGCAGCAAGCGCAUGGGGCUGGGGGAGGGGAGGCUGCUCCUCCGCGCGCUGACCUCCGCCAAGAAGGGGGGACAGCAGCAGGGAAGGCAGCCGCAGGGGAGCCAGCAGCAGCCGCCGCCUGCAGGUGGACUUUCAGGUGGUUCCCCAGGUGCUGGGCCGAUCGGCGGGGUGAACAGCACAGUGACCGGAUACGCCGUGCUGGCUGGAAGUUCCGCGUCGGGGGUGACCUGGGGUGGGCAGCUGAUGGGGGUGAAAAUGCCCGCCGCUCCUUCGACUGCUUGA